GCGUGCCGAACUCGUAAAACAAACCAGUUGGAUUGUUAUCACCGGCCACGGUUGACCUUUUUACACUUUUUACACGUACUUGAAUGAACUCGUUUGUUUUGUGUUUACGCUAUAGUAUUCGUGUAAAGUGAUGAUUAAGUGAAAUUCUGUAUUGGAUCACCAUAUUGUAGACGUUUUUCUGACGGGUGGCGAUGGCGAUGAGCGGCGCGAUGGACAGCUGCGGCCGGUGCAUGAAGGUGUCACUGGUUGCCAUUAAUGUUGUUACAUUUUUGGGUGGUCUGCUAGCAGUAGCGAUAGGAGCAUGGAUUUGGACGUCCCGUUCUUUUUCUAGCACGCUCAUGAGCAAUAAUAUGUUUAUUGCUUCUGUGGUCGUGGUUGUGGCCAUGGGCGCCGCCAUCAUGCUACUGUCUUUCCUCGGCUGCUGUGGUGCCGCUAAAGAAGUCAAGUGCAUGUUAUUGACGUAUUACAUCCUGGUAUUCAUAAUCUUCGUCGCAAUGUUAGUUGGCGGGAUCUUGUUGUUCGUGUUUCGGGAAAAGGUCCUCUCAACGUUGGACCGGGAGAUGCACGCGUCGAUUCCAAACUAUGGCGUGAAGCACGAAUACACCAAGGCGUGGGACGACACGCAGACAUAUCUGCAGUGUUGUGGUGUCAAGAGUCAUAACGACUGGAACGGCAAUGUUCCUGAGAGCUGCUGUAAAGAGCUGUACCCGGGCAAGCGGCUGGACUGUAAAUAUUCCCCAAACCCGACCACAAUGUAUAUGGAUGGUUGUCUUAACAAAACCAUCGACUUGCUCCGCGAAGACGCCGCGUACGUCGGCGCUGUGGCAAUUAUUGUGGCCUUGGUCAUGGUACUGGCGCUAAUCUUCUCUUGUGGAUUAUUCGUGAAAAUAGAGUGACAGAAAAGACUUUAAAUUUGUUGAUUAAGAAUUUUGACUACAAUUAGGAUAACUUCGGUUAAUUGGAUGUUUCGCGUUGAACGUGCGUUUUUUAUUUAUUUCUCAUAUGUAAGUAAGAAGCAAAUAAAAGGAACAUUGAUUGAGA